UGUGUAAUGGCGUUAUAAAUGUAUUUCUUACGUUGUUCCGUAAAAGUGUGCUAAAUAAUUUAUUGCCAUUUUAUGUGACAGAUUUAAUCAAAUCUUGUGUAGAUAUCUGUUCGUAGUUCUUCUGCUUCUUUUAAGUAGUCGACAAAGAAGUCCCUAAUUCGGCGUUCAAACAAAAACGGCGGAUGUUAUAAAACAAAAUUAAGAAACUCGUUGUGCACUAAGUAAAACAUUUUAACAACCGUUAUGUCAAUAUUUGUUUACAUCGCGUUAGCUGCCAUACAAAUAAUUUUAUUUGUCAACAGGUACUUUGUAAGUACUUUCAGAACAUGUUAUACAAGAAGAUGCCUUCCAAAGUUUAGGCCAAUGUACCUACAUUAAAAUAUUUAAUUUGAAACUAGCAAGUAAAAUACAAGUUACAGCGGGGUCCAUUUGUCUUUUUUUUUAUCAAAGCUUUCCAAUGUUGUAGUGGAUAUUUCAAAUUUUAUUACAAAAAGGAAUCAUCAUCUUUUCAGAUAUAUUUUUCCACUCAACCAAAAUAGAUAAAAAAAUAAAACAAUUUAAAAGCGGACAGAGCCAUCUAUCCCACUGGACUGCAGCUAAUAAAUGUGAUGGGGGAUUUUAGGUGAAGGUGGUGGCAAUUAAGUUGACACUGUUGACAGUCAUUUGUUUAGUCGCCAUUUUGUAUUUAUUAAUAAUCGUUCUAUACUAAAAAUAAAGCCGCCAAAUUUAGAAAGGCAAUGUUACGAAUGGAAUGUGCUUUGAUCGUAAUAUGGUGUGUGAUAAAAUGUGUGAAAGAGUUUCCGUGAGUCUUGUGUGGUAAAACUCGUCAUUGGUAUGCUGUUUGCUUCUAAGAUCUCGGGCUGUAAAACUGAUUAAAUUCGCGGUGUUAAUUACAAUGUGAUGCGAACGUAACUUAAUUUAUAUGGUUGUCAAACCAUGGACGCUCAAGUCGCAUCCAGAGAGAGGUCUUUCUUUUUACAUAAAUUGGGUUCUCCAUCGAGUUCUUCAGAAAUUAAUCUUCAGGAUUCCCUGAAUGUAUCAGACGUAGAAGGAAAACUUAAGAAUAAAUUCCUUUCAGUUUGGAAUAAUGUCAAAUAUGGCAUGAAACUUAAAACAAAUUUCUCGAAAGAAUCCCCAGUAUGGUUACUUGGAGUUUGCUAUCGUAAGAUCGAAAGUCCUUCUUCUGACAUAACAGAAUUAGGUACUGACAUAGCUGCUUUUCAAAGCCAGAGUGAUAUCACUAAUGGUGAUGAUGAAGGUCUGGAAGGUUUUAAGAAGGACUUUAUUAGUAAAGUCUGGCUUACUUAUAGAAGAGAAUUUCCUAUUUUAAAUGGGUCCAAUUACAGUAGUGAUUGUGGCUGGGGAUGUAUGAUACGAAGUGGGCAGAUGCUCAUUGCCCAAGCCUUAGUCGUUCAUUUCUUAAGUAGAGAUUGGAGGUGGAUUCCAGACCACAGAGAAAUAUCUAUUUAUCACAGGAAAAUCAUCAAAUGGUUUGGAGACAAACCUUGUAGGAACAGUCCUUUGUCCUUACAUAGCUUGGUAAAGAUUGGAGAAAGUUUGGGAAAGAAACCUGGUGACUGGUAUGGGCCAGGAUUGGUGGCACAUCUCUUCCGGCAAGCUUUUAAAAAUGCUUCUAAUGAUAAUUAUGAGUUUGAUUCACUAAGUGUGUGCGUUGCCCAAAAUUGCACAGUGUACAUAAAAGAUAUUUUGGAAGAAUGCAUUGAUAAAUCUAACAAAUGGAAAUCUUUGAUUUUGUUAAUACCAGUUCGUUUGGGAGCUGAUAAGUUUAACUCAGUUUAUGCCCCAUGUUUGACUACUUUGUUCAGUAUUAAGCAAUGCAUUGGAAUUAUAGGUGGCCGACCGAAGCAUUCUUUAUAUUUUAUAGGUUACCAAGAUGACAAAUUAAUUCACUUGGACCCCCACUACUGCCAAGAAGUUGUUGACGUUUGGGCCCCUGAUUUUCCAUUGACAACCUUUCACUGUAGAUCUCCUAGAAAAUUACACAUAAGUAAGAUUGAUCCUUCAUGCUGUAUUGGUUUCUAUUGUGCCACCAAAGAGGAUUUUUUCAAUUUGGUAGAAACCGUACAUCCCGUUAUUGUUCCACCAACUGGAGCUGGUAAUUAUCCUAUCUUUACGUUCUGUGAUGGUUAUAGUUGUGAUGCUGAGAUAACUGUAAUUGAAUACCCACCCUCCGAAUUAGAAUAUUCUACAAAUACUAGCGAUAUAGAUGAAUUUGAAUCUGAGCCUUUUGAAAUGAUAUAGUUUUA